UAGAAUUUACCUAUUAUAACUCGUUAGAGCAAAACGAUUCACCUGUUGGAAAAAUUUGGUACCAUUUCAAUGAUAUUUUUCCUAACUGAUGAUUCGGUAAUCUCAACAGAAAAUUUCAGAAUAAAAUUUUGCCCUGUGUAUUAGAAAAAAAAAUGUUGCUAUAAAAGUGCGGCUGGUUGAGCUUUCCCAACUUCUCCUCAAAAUGGCAAUUGUUCCCAACUCACGAGUAAAAAAUUCGAGAAGUCCCCCCCUUUUCGGCAGGUCCCUGUAUCGCUUCAGUAUCGCUUUACUGCUGCGCAAUUUUUUUUUUUUUUUAGCUUUUUAUUCAUUUUAAUCGGUUAUUUGGUCAACUAUUUGUAGCAUUGCUCUGUAAUUUAAACGAACAUUUUCUACUUAAAAACAGUAAAAAUAAAAAUAAAAUGAUACCAACUCGGUAAGCUAAACAUAGUACGUUCUGAAACGCUUCAAAAAUGGCGUCUUUUUGAGUUUUUGAACUUUUAAUUCCAAAAUAUUGAUUUUUUUUUCCAUGACACAUUUCUGGGUUGAAAAGAAUAUUUUUUUAAAAAACUGAGCUAAAUCGGUUUGUAAGGGAAGCUAGGGCUGGCGAGAUUUAAAAAAAAUGGAUAAUAUUGGAUUAGCAAUUUUGCUUUUUUGGGUUACGAUUGUCUCAUUUACGGAAUCUGAUCCUGCUCAAACGUUGAGUCCAGAAGAUGAGGAAUUGAUAAAUGAUGAGGGUAAACUUGCAGCAGAGUUAACACGCUUACGUCAGAUUGGAAAAGAUUUAGCUGAGGUUGAAGUAAAGUAUGCGGAGAUUCUUUCCCGCCAGGUAGGAACUAAUUUUGCCUGUGCUAUGGAUCAAUUGAAGACCGGCUUUAGAUAUUUUCUCAAGUUCAACGGAGUAAAAUUACUGAAAUGCAGCCCUCAUGAAAAGUGGAAUCCGCGAAUGCUUCGGAUUAGAAGCGAAAAUGACCUGGUUUGGGAAGACCCACAUCUGAUGUAUCCCAAACGGAAUAAAAAGAGCAGAGAUCGCAUACACAGGCGAGAUAAUAUAACCAUGUGUCAGUGGCUUUCAUUUGUGCGACGUGAUCUCGAUUGGAAUGAUUUCAACGCAUUUAAUCCCGAUACAUUUAUCUUGAUGCAUUUCUUCGGAGAUAAGAAAUUCGUAGACAGGUUGAUGGAUGAUAAUUUUAAGAGAUCCGAAGCUAUAUCCCUGUUCCGCAAUAUUAGUUCAAGUUUACGAUGUAACUUGGAUGAGUAUUAUGAAAGUUUGGAUCAGACCACCAGGAGCACUCGAUAUCCUAAGGGAAAAGAAGAUCUGUACAGUUAUUUCGCCGGAGUUAUGGUACGUUCGUACCGAUUGGCGAGUUAUUACUGGCGCGAUUUAUGGAACACCAUGCAGAAAAAUUUCCGUCAUACUUAUCAAAAUGGGACUAAGUUUUUCUUAUCAACGGCGCUCAAUGAAUCCAUGAGUACGUGGUACUUCGAUCAAGAACAGAUUGAGGUGCUCAACGUUUUUUGGCGCACCCAAGGGUUUACCGACGAUUUAGAUUUAUUUUUUGUGGGUAAAAAUAUAACCAACGGCAAGGGACAGAAAGUCGUGAUUCCUGGGUUUGAGAAUUGUGGAAUGGAACCACCUUAACCAAACUGAUCGAAUGGACCAUUCAAAAAAAAAGAGUGGUAAAAAUGUGUUGAAUAAUACGAGCGAUGGAGUUAAUUCAAAAAAGACUUAUUAUCAACUAGUGGUUUUUUCAAUCCCCCCCCCCCCAAAGUAAGUGGUGUACGUUGAAAAAUUCUGUAUCGUUUCGGUAUGUUUUUCCCCCUCAUUUUUCGGUUCAUGUUUUAACAAAAAAUGACAUGUCUUUUUCGCAAUGAAAAAUAUUUUUUUCACUGAAAUAUUGGUCAAAACUGUGUAGGAAAUACGUAAAAGAUACAAUAAUAUUUCAUUUCAAAGUGAAAUAAAACAUGGAAUAUUAAAGUUAAAAUUUAUCUGAUGUGAAAAAUAAAAUAAAAUAUAUACAUAAUUAUUAUAAUUCAAUUCGUAUACCUACUGUUCCUAAAGUUGUACUUGAAUAAAAAAAUUUUGAUUCCAGGAAUUCACACUCUUAACUUCCCCCUUUCACCCUCCCUCCAUCCCUCCGAAUUGGUGAAGUGGGAUUUUAUUGCUCAUAUUUGCUGCUGCCCAAGAUAAUCCUCGAUUUUUGAAGACUUUCUAAAGAAGAGAAACUCAUGGUUUGCCGAUUAGCCACAGGACCGUCGAGAGGGAGGCAAAGGGCGUAUGCCCCAAGCCGCAUUUUCUAGAAGGUCCGGCACAAAAGAAGGACAUGUGAUGAAGGGAAACCUUGUUUUUUCCUUCUCAGAACACAAAUUUUCUAAAGCUUUUGCCCUCUUUUCUUAUUCAAAGUGGAAUUUUCUGCAAAAAAAAAAAAAAAUGAUGUAAGUAUCAUUCAGCUUUCAAAGUUCAAAGUGAAACAAUUAACUUCUCGCUAGUACAUAAUCCUGCGCUUAUCUGGUUCGUUAUCAAUGUUACUUGAUUUCCUAUAUUAUCGUAUGAUCUGAAAUUACCAAUAUUUAAGCUGACGAUUUUAUUAAAAAAAUGUUAGUGGUAGAUCAACAUUAGCAAUGAGUGUUUCUACAAUGCGUGAUGGAAAUAUAUUGCACAUUUUUUGUUGAAUGUUAGAUUAUAAAUGCACGUGUAGUGAGUACGUAAACCGUUAACAGCGCACUGUAUUGUCCGACUCUAGGGAGGUAUUUUGGAUUUUAUUUUUUUGAUGACACGUCUCUGGGUCGAAAGAAACAUUGAAAAAAUAAUUGAGCGAAAUCGGUUGGUUAGGAAAGCCAGGGCUGGCGAGACGAAAGUUUUCUCUUUUCAUAUUCUCGAUAUUCUCAUGGAUUCUUUUAAUAGAUUCUAAAAAAUGGCCAAUAUUCGAUUAGCAUUUCUGCUUUUAUGUAUCGCGAAUGUCUCAUUCACAAAAUACAAUUCUCCUCGAACGUUGAGUCCAGAAGAUAAGGAAUUAAUAAAUGACGAUGGUAAACUUGCAGCAGAGUUAAAACGCUUACGUCGCAUUAAAGUAAAGUACACUGAUGAACGUUACCACGAAGUAGGAAUUAAUUUCAAGUGUGCUAUGGACAAAAUGAAGAAUGGCUUCACAAAUUUUCGACACCAUAAGGGAGUAGACCUAAUUAAAUGUGGCUGUUUUCGUAAGUGGAAUCCGCGAGUGCUUCAGAUAAGGAUUGAAAAUGACCUCGUUUGGAGAAACUCGAGCUUGAUGUAUCCGGAUUAUUUUAAAAACACCGGCGGUGUAUUCACACACGAAAAAGAUAAUAAAACCAUGUGCCAAUGGAUUAAAUUUGUGUCGCUUGAUCUUCAGGCCCACCACUUCGACCUUGUGGAAUUGAUUGGCAUUAUACCGGAAGUUGAUUUGGUAGAUGCAGCAUUAUCCGAGUUCAAUGAAACUGGUUUAGCUUUACGAAAUAACUUGAAUGACUAUUACGAAAAAUUGGAUCAUGCUGAAAGGGACACUCGAUAUCCUAAGGGAAAGCGCGAUCUUUAUAGAUAUUUUGCUGGGGUUAUGGUACGUAUGUACCGAUUAGCGUGUUAUUACGCGCGCAGUUUACAGAACACCAUACAACUUGAACUACGUCGAACCUAUGAAAAUGGAACUGGAUUUUUUUUAUCAACGGCGCUCAAUAACUCCUUGCCUACGUGGUAUAUAGAUCAAGAGCAGCUUGAUAUGCUCAACAUUGUUCUACGCACGCAAGGGUUUACCCAGCCUAAACAUUUUUUUUUUGUGAGUAAAAAUAUCACCAAUGGCAUGGGACAGAAAGUCGCUAUUCCUGGGUAUAAGCAUUUUUGAAAAGAACCAGUAACACCACGUGAUGAAUUGGAAUAUUAAAAAAGAAAUGUGCGGAAUAAUACGAUAGAGUCUCUUCAAAAAUAACUUGAGCAUCAUCGACUAGUAGUGAAAUUUCGAAAAUAUUUGUUUUUUAGAUCUAUCGUUAAGAUGUUGAAGUUUGGUGUUUAAGUUUGGUAUCAUUUCGGGGUGUUCUUUUUUUUCUGUGCACGUGUUAACAAAAAGAAAAAAAAAAAAAAUGGUCACGUCUUUUUUGCAACGAAAAAAUUUCUUUCACUUUAUUUAACUGCUUUUGAUGAUUUUUCGUGCAAUUUUAUCCAUAUUUCAGUAAAAUUUCAUCAGCUAAUUAAUUAUUUUCUAAUUUUCAUUGAUUUUGACGUUUUUUGUGUGUGAUUUAUAUAAUUUUGAUGUACUUUUUUCUCCACACAUUCAAUUUUUGACCAAAUUGUACUAAAAUUCGGUCAUUUUUUUAAUGUUUUAUUUAGUGUUUUUAUGUAAUUUUAAGGGUGUUUGGGGGUUACGACCCCCUUGGGCUUCGCCUAACUCUCUUCUGCCUCCUUCAAAAAAAGUGGUAACAAACUUGUCUUGACCCUGAAACAGGUCAAAUGGGGUUGGAAGGUUGAAACCGGCAAAAGGCACUUCAGGUACAUCCUCCCAUGGUACUGUGAAAACUUGAACCCUCUGGGUCAAUUUGGAGGGGCUGUAGGCUUUCUUAAACGUCGAAAAACACGUAAAAUAGACCAAAAAUCCACUGUUUGACCCUGGAGAGGGGUCAAAUACUAAUAGGGUUUGAAAGUUGAAACCUUCAAUAAGUACUUACUCAUGGGGCACCCUCCCAUUGUAUGCUGAAAAUUUGGAUCCCUCAGAUCAAUUUCAAGGGUGAAUCACAAUGGAGGUACUGACUACUGACCAAUGGUAUGAUUUUGGGUCCUUUUCGUUCAUUUGGGGCCAUAUUAUGCCCCUCAGGUCAUUCCAUGUCAAUUCGACCAAAAAAAGGCGAUUUUGAAAGUCAUAUCUUUCGAUUUCGCUCAAAUUUUUUUUACAAUAUCUACCCACCCAGGAAGUGAGAAACUCGCAAUCAAUUUGGUCCCAG